AUGGCAGAUUCUAAGGAGCCACAGGCUGCUAAGCCCGUGUCUAUUGUAUGUGUCGGCAUGGCCGGUUCUGGCAAAACUACCUUCAUGCAACGAAUUAAUUCGCAUCUACAUGGCAAGAAAGAACCUCCAUACGUUAUCAAUCUCGAUCCCGCAGUACGAAAUGUUCCGUUUGAUAGUAACAUCGAUAUCCGCGACUCGGUCAACUAUCAAGAAGUGAUGAAAAGUUACAACCUCGGUCCAAACGGAGGAAUCCUCACAUCCCUCAAUCUCUUUGCCACAAAGAUAGAUCAGAUAUUGAAUGUUCUCGAAAGGCGCACUACUCCCGACCCUGAGAAGCCAGAUGCGACUCCUAUCAAACAUAUUUUGGUCGAUACGCCAGGUCAAAUUGAGGUUUUCGUUUGGAGCGCUUCAGGAAGCAUUUUAUUGGAUUCUUUCGCGUCGAGUUUUCCAACAGUCAUCGCAUACAUUAUUGAUACACCGAGAACCUCUUCUACGAGUACUUUCAUGAGUAAUAUGCUGUAUGCUUGCAGUAUUUUAUAUAAGACAAAAUUACCAAUGAUUCUGGUUUUCAACAAGACAGAUGUUAAGGAUGCCGAAUUCGCCAAGGAAUGGAUGACGGACUUUGAGUCUUUCCAGGCUGCUCUCAGAGAAGAGGAGGAGGCAGGAAGCUUCGGUGGUCUAGAAGGAGGUGCUGGUGGAUCAGGUGGCGGCAGUGGAUACAUGGGGUCAUUACUCAAUAGCAUGAGUUUGAUGUUAGAGGAGUUCUAUAGCCAUUUGAGUGUGGUAGGUGUCAGCUCGAUGACUGGUGCUGGUAUCGAUGAUUUCUUUGAGGCUGUGUCAGAAAAAGCGGAGGAGUUCGAAAGAGAUUACAAGCCAGAAUUGGAACGACGUAGAAAACAAAGGGAUGACGAGAAGGAAGAACAUCGAGAGAAAGAGCUAGGCAAAUUGAUGAAGGAUAUGUCCGUUUCGGGAGAACCUUCAUCUUCCAAGGCUAAGGGUCCACCAAAUGCCAGGCCCUCCACCGAUAUGGAUACUCUAAGUGAUAUGGAGGACUCUGAGGACGAGUUAUCAGGUGGUGAAAAUGAUGAGGGUGGUGGGGACAAUGUUGAAGGGUUAAGUUCAAGAUAUAAGGCAGCUCUAGCAGAUGGAGGAGGUCCAACUAAUGCCGACGAUCACAGCUUCACUCGAUACAUCAGAGCAAGUCAGAUGAACAACACGCAAUGA